AUGUUGGCUCUCGCCAAAGCUAGGAGGGCGCUCCGCUUACUGUUAUCGUGGGUGAAGCUACAAGUAUUCGAGCAAGAACAUCGCGAGCGUGGAAAGUCAUUCAACAAUCUUGAGGAGCAUCUAUAUAGGAAUGAAUCGAGGAACAUAAUUAUUGCUGAUGUCCCGUUUCAACGCAAGCUGACGAGAAAGAAACGUUCGGUGCUGCAACUGGCUUCGAUGCUAAAGUGUGUAACUGGAUGCAGUCCGCUCGCGUUCCACGGAUACGGCUGUUUCUGUGGAUACAUGGGCGACGGGUCGCCGGUCGAUCCGAUUGACAGCUGCUGUCUCGAACACGAUUGGUGCUAUUCAUCGACUCACUGCUCGCAUGUAGCCACUUACUUUCUGCCGUACGAUUGGCAUUGUGGAAGCCAUGGUUAUGCGUAUUGUGAUUUCACAGGAUCUGCCAGCCCUCAUGCGAGCUGUGCCCAGCAACUCUGCGCUUGUGAUGCUGCUUUCGCCAAAUGCAUUUCGAAGUAUCCAUGUCCCGUUCGGCGGGCGAAUUGUAGACAAGGAAGAUCUCUCAUUCGGAGCAUAUUCGGUUAUUCCAUAAUGUCGACCCUUGAAGAAGCUUCUCUUCCCGCUUCUCUCCACAAGGUUGAAAAGAUACGAAAGCUCAAGACGAAGCUCUCGCUAACGGCCGGUAUUCACGAAGACCCUUGGACUAAACUUCCGGCUCUCCAUGUGAAAGCAGAGGUUGACCAGACGGAGCUCACAGCGAGCAGCAAAAAACUUCCCGAAGAUCCCAGCAUUGUCGUGG